AUGGCUGAUUAUGAGCGCCGGAAUCAUGGCCCCCGUGGUGGUGGCGGUGGUGGACGCAAGCGCCGCUACAGAGAUGAUGAGGAUUACGAUCGCCGUCCUCAGCGACGCAGAUAUGAAGAGCCUUUGUUCGUCCAGGUCCGCCGCCAGCUCCUGACGAUUGCCGAGUCGGCUGCCCGAAGAGUGGAGGAUGAUAUCAUGGGAAUCGCGAAGUCGGUCGCGGAAAAUUUCGACGAUGAGGAGUUGCGCGACACCUUUGUGACCAUUUCCUUGGACCUUGUCCAGGAACAACCGAUGAAAAUCCCAUUCGUGGCUGCGACAAUUCUGGUCGCCUACAACCUCAAGGCUGAACUGGGCGCGGAGGUGUUGAAGAAGGCAGGCGAGAUCUUGCAAAAACACAUUGAUUCCGGGUCAUGGCGAGAGGUGAAGCUUGUCCUUCGCUUCUUGGGAGGUUUACAGCCUCUCUUUGAGGGUGAUGGUAUCUUCCCGCUGCUAGAAGAGCUAUUCGCCCGCGCGGUUGAUCUCCAAACGGCAUCUUCGGAAGACCUACUCGGCCUGGAGCUUGUCAAAAUCAUUCAAUUCACUAUUCCCUAUGUGAUGUCCUCUCCCGCCACGGGCUUCGAGACUCAGGCUAUGAGUCUGCUUGAGAAAACGGACAUUAUUGCAUCCACGCCGCACGCAUUGGUGGAUCUGGUGAACACAUUCAGCCCCGAGGAGAAUAAGGAAGCCGCUGGACCCAGUGUAGUCAGUCUUCUUCAGAGUCAACUACAAGGCGAGGCUAGCCGCGGCUGGGAGUUGAAGUGUCUCCCCCGUCCCUGGAAGGGUGUCCAGGAAAUUGAACAGGAUGAACAGGAUCUUGGCCAAAAGCCCUUCGAGCCCGUGAACAAGGUCUCUUUCCCACAGAUCAAUGUCCCCAACCCUGUCCCGAACGGCUCCCGUCCUCUCUUCCCCGAGGUUUACAUUUCAGUAUUUGCCAACCAAGAAAUCGACACCGUGCCUCCACCCUCAGAUAUCACUUCAUUGCUCUUGAGGGAUGCAUUGGUGGACACCAUCAAUCUUCUUGAUUUCAACCGCGUUGCGACAGCAAAGUAUUUGAUUGACGUGGACUGUUACUUCACCCCUCACACCUUCGUCAAGCGUGCAACACCCUUUGACCGGAUGCGUGAUCUUGCUGGCGAGGGUCAGUCAUGGAAGCCCGAGGACGUUGCGGUUGAUGCUGUGUUCUCCCAGCUGUAUCAGCUUCCCACCCCCGAGCACAAACUUGUGUAUUACCAUGCCCUUUUGACCGAGUGCUGCAAGAUUGGUCCGGCCGCUAUUGCGCCUAGCUUGGGUCGUGCUAUUCGGUUUUUGUAUAAUAACCUGGAGACGAUGGAUCUAGAACUGAGCAGCCGGUUCCUGGAUUGGUUUGCUCACCAUCUGAGCAACUUUGGCUUCACAUGGAAAUGGAGCGAGUGGGUUGAUGAUCUUGAACUUCCUGCCAUUCAUCCCAAGCUAUCCUUCAUCAACGGUGCUUUGGACAAGGAGAUUCGUCUCAGCUUUGCGCAGCGUAUCAAGGGCACCUUGCUGGAGCCCUACAUUCCCUUGAUCACCGAGGGCAAGGAGAAAGACACACCUGAAUUCAAGUAUCUUUCCGAUAUGACCCCAUACUCUAAAGAGGGGCAGGAGAUCAUGCAGCUCAUCCGGAAGAAAGCAGGUGACGAGGAAAUUCAGCCAUUGAUUGCGGCGAUCGAGGAACAGGCGCAAAGUUUAGGAGUGGAGGACCCCAAAGUGCCUUCCACGGAUGCCUUGAUGACCUCGAUCUGCUUCGUGGGGUCCAAAUCGCUCUCCCACGUCCUCUCGUGCAUCGAGCGGAACAAGGACCGACUGCUUGCCAUCGGACCGGUAUCGCAGCGGGCCCGAUGCCAGAUUAUUGCCUCCGUGAUGGAGUACUGGGCGGAUCAGCCCGGUAUAGCCAUUAACAUCAUCGACAAACUCCUGAAUUACACCAUCAUCAGCCCAUUUUCCGUACUGGAGUGGGCGCUUACGGACUCCAUGGAGGCCGGGAGGGUGCUCGCCAAGGCUCAUAUCUUUGAGAUGAUCUCCGCUACGGUGGGCAAGGUCACCAAUCGCAUGCGCCAGAUCGUCGCGGCCCGUACCCAACCCGGCUUAUACGAGCCUCAGCUGAGUGUGCUGGAGGAGACACUUGCGCGGGAACGGAAUGAGAUGCAGACACUGUUUCGGUUCAUUGAGGACUCUAUUGUCUCAGUAGCUGCAGGCAGCAACGACGAGCAGAUGGAGCGUGGCGGCAGCGGCGAUCUGCCUGAAGAUGCUAUCAUCCGCCAAUGGGGUCGCCGGUGGCUCCGUGUGUUCCGACGUAAGGUUGCCGUGGAAGAGGCAUUCAUCAUGGAUUCUCUAGCGAGCGCCACUCCAGUGGGUACGGUAGCUCCCAUGCAGGAUGAUGGUAGUGAUGGGGACAUUAAGAUUGCAGAUGCAGAUGGGCAAUAG